AUGGCUGAUUUCUUGAACCAGACGGUUGAUGCCACAAGCGCUGCGCUAAUGUCGUUCGAGGCGACUGACAUCUUGAGCCUGGAGUCCUCUCCGGUCGACCGCCUUUCGGACGACAUACUCGGUCGCAUCUUCAGCAACGUCGAGCCCGUCCCUCAUGGCGAGUGGAACGAGAUGGAUGCUACUAAGGAGGUGCCUGUUGUUGGCAAUGAAGGAGAUAAUGGUGCUGCUGUUGCUGACAUUGAUCUCAACCUUGAGGACUUCGUGGUUGACAUGGAGAUCAAUGGAAGUGAAGCUGACCUUAAGGUUGAUGCUGACAAUGAGGAUGAGGCUCGCUCUGCAGAGGGUGUCUCUAAUGAGACUGAGGACAUCGCUGUUAAGCUUCACACUCAAAUCACGGAGCAGAACAUUCUCAUUGGAGAGCAGCACUACCGCAUCCAGAACUUGGAGGCUGAUUCUGUUAAGCUUCAUGCCUUGAUUGAGAAGCUGACCAGGGAGGUGCAGUCGAUUCCUAAGGGAAAUGACACCUCCAGCUUCAUCCUGGACCUGCAGAUCACUCUCCAGUUCGUGCAAGAUCAGCUCAAGAAGCAAGAGAAACACAUCUCUGUGCUUCAGACUCAGUUCAGGGAGAUCCGGAGUGGAAACCUCUACCAGCCUGCUCCUGCAGCAGAGUGA